AUGGCACGGUGCACACAUCAGGUGGCCCCCUCAGGCCUGUCUUCCGGGAAACGCACAACAGAUCAGAAAGGGAACCUGGAAGCCCGCCCACCACCGCAGGUGCUCCAGGACUGGCCCCUACAGGGUUUCUCACUUACUGUUUUUACUGUCUUUCAGGCAGAUUUUUUGAAAGGACUGCCAGUCUACAACAAAAGCAAUUUUAGUCGAUUUCAUGCUGACUCUGUGUGUAAAGCCUCGAAUCGACGCCCCUCAGUCUACCUGCCCACGCGCGAGUACCCAUCUGAACAGAUCAUCGUGACAGAAAAAACAAACAUCCUUUUGCGCUACCUACAUCAGCAAUGGGACAAAAAGAACGCUGCCAAGAAGAGAGACCAGGAGCAAGUGGACCUCGAGGGCGAGAGCUCAGCGCCUCCCCGCAAGGUCGCACGGACCGACAGCCCAGACAUGCACUGUUGGUAG